AUGGUCCAAAUCUUCGCCGCGCAAGUGUUCUUCAUCUGCCUGCGCGAAUGCCUGGAGACCAGCAUCAUCGUGUCGGUCCUGCUCUCCUUUCUAAAGCAGACCUUGAGCUCUGAAAAUGACAAGCCCGUCUACCGAAAGCUGGUCCGACAGGUCUGGCUCGGAGUCAUCCUAGGCGUCGCAAUAUGCCUCGUCUUUGGAAGCGCUAUAAUAGCUGCUUUCCACUUGCUCGACUCCGACAUCUUCUCGCAAUACGAAUACAUCUGGGAAGGCGUAUUCGGCAUCAUCGCAUGUGCCAUCAUCACCCUCAUGGGCGCGGCGCUGCUCCGGAUCUCCAAAAUGCGCGACAAGUGGCGCGUUAAGAUCGCAGCCGCUCUUGAAGCGAACAGUGCCGAUGACGCUUCCGCACCAAAAGGCCUCAGUUUCCUCGGAGAGAAGUAUGCCAUGUUUCUACUUCCCUUCGUGACGGUGCUUCGCGAGGGACUCGAGGGCGUCCUAUUCAUCAUCGGCGCUGGUCUAGGACUACCAGCGACUGCUUUCCCGCUCGCUGUGGUGUCAGGUUUGGGUGUUGGUGCGUUGGUUGGGUAUCUACUUUACAGGUAA